UGCCAGUAUCCUUUUCAUUGUUAGUAUGAAGAGAUUGCUCGAAACAGUAAGAUCACGAUUUGAUGGGUUUAAAUUAAUUCGAUACUCGCGAUUAAAAAUAGUACCUGUUUGCAGUACUAAUGUUACAAAGUGUUAUUUGUUAAUAAUUUUCAAAAUAUAGAUGCUUUAAACGGAACUUACUAUGGCAUUAAGAAAUGUAUCAUUAAAUAUCGAUUUAAUAUUCAUCGUGAUAAUAUUUUUCUCUAUUCCUCAAUUUAUAAAAAGUGACACUGAAGUUAAUCACACUUUGUUGAAUUAUACUGGUUUAGUACCAUUGCAUUAUGAUGUCAGAAUAAGACUCGACUUCUCCAGAAAUGUCCUUUACGGCGAAUGCAAUAUUACCAUCAAUAUCACACGUUCAAUGACAGAUAUAAGUAUACCAUCAGUAAAUUUCGGUAUACUGAAAAUUGACUUGACUAUCAAUGAUGGCAACAGGAUGAUACACGUGCAAAGAUAUUCAUUUAUCAAUGAAACGCACAUUCGUAUUGACCUCACGAACACAGCAAUAAAUAUUUUAAUUCCUGGAAUGUAUAUCUUACAGAUGAUAUAUGUCCGCAAUAUAUAUGAUGAAAUUUAUGUCGAAUACGAAGAAAAUAUAGGUGAAAAAGUAUUAACAGCAACAGGAGUUGAGGUAAUAAGAGCCCAACAAAUAUUUCCAUGUUGGGACGAACCAGCGUUCCAGAGCACUUUUACCAUUUCUAUUAUGCAUGACAAAUGGUUUACAGCCCUAUCAAAUAUGAUUAUAAAUAGAAAAAAAAAUAUAAGUGAAAGUAACAUGAUGUGGACACAUUUUCACAAGUCGCCUUUCAUGUCCAUUCAACGUUUAACGAUUGUGAUAACCACAUUUACUAAUACUUAUCUGGAACCGCAACCUUUUGUUUCUCAUGUCACAGUUUGGUGUAGAAAAAACAUUACACGCAAUAUGGCAUAUGCACAAUUCAUCAUUGAACAGAUAUUCUACUUUUUGAAAAAAAUAAAUCAGAUGAUGAUACCAAAAAUAGAUUACGUUGCAAUUUUGGGUGCCGAACACAGUAAAAUUGAGACAUGGGGACUCAUUUUACACAGAGAAGAAGAUAUUACUUACAAUGAAACAUUAGAUUCCAUUGCACGCAAAAUAGAAGUGGCUAACUUACUAGCACAUCAAGUAAUAUCUCUUUGGUACGAUUAUUUGUCAUGGCCAAUAGAAGGUUUUACAACAUACUUUGCAGCGUAUAUCUUGAGAGAGAUUCUAUCGGUAUCUUACAUUCAUUUAUUCCUUGUCGAAGUACUACAAGAAUCUCUUCGCUUUGACAUUCCUUCUUAUAAUUAUAAUUUCACACUACACAGUAAUGACUUAAAUGUUCAAAUAAAUAAGACUAUUCUUAAUUAUAUCAAACCACCCGUUUUAUGGCAUAUAUUACAACAUAUCUUAGGUGAAGACAUGUGGUAUAGUAUACGUAUAUAUACUAAUAAAUAUAGUCAGUCAAAUGCGGUAAAGACCGAUGAUUUAUGGCACAUUAUGCAAAGAUAUUUAAAUCGUACUAAGAUUUAUUCUUCAACACCUUUCAAUGUAAAAAAAUAUAUAGAUAUUUGGAUAAAGAAAAAUUAUUAUCCUGUACUGCUCGUGAUAUUAAACACUACAGAUGACACGAUAUCAUUUUCAUAUCUCAGUUCUCAGUAUAUCGACGAAGACAUGGAACAACUACUCGCAAUAAUAACAUUUACGAUUAUACAAAGAGAAGUUGACGAUACUAUUAAGGCACUGUUUUUUUUAUCACCGAAACAACGUACACAUUUGAAUAUUAAAAAUGUAUUUAAGGUGGUUGAUGAUAAUUAUUGCGUCAUAGUCAAUGUUAACCAAACAGGAUAUUAUCGUGUUAAUUAUAAUUCUGAGGGCUGGCUUAGACUUGCGCAGUGCUUGAGAAAAAAUUAUACAGUACAUGUUCUCAAUCAAGCCCAAAUCAUAGAUGAUGCGUUUCACUUUUUCAUACAUCGCCGACUCAGUUUAACGAUGUUUUGGAAUAUCGUAAGCUUUCUAUCAGAAAAUACGAAUUAUGUAGUAUGGUAUCCUAUGAUUAAAGCUUUUCAAUACAUGGCUUGUGCCUAUUCAUUUCAUAAUGCCACAGGCAUAACGGAAAAUAUGAAAAAAAUAUUGAAUGGAGUUUUGCAAAUAAUAGGAUAUGAUGAAAAACCGAACGAAAGCGAUCUUACUAAAUGUUUAAGACAGGAAGCCGCAAAAUGGGCAUGUAUUAUCGAUGCUGCUCAAUGCAGAGAAACAGCCACUUUACAACUGAUAAAAGAUCUUGAAAAUCCUGUACAAGACAAUCGGUUGACAUGGAUAGAAUGGAAAUAUUGUAAUGGUUUAAUGUUAGCAAACUACACCGUUUGGAACUAUGUACGGGAAAAAUGGACGACAACAUCUGAUAACAGAAUUUUAGAUUACUUAACUUGCUGUAAAGAUCCUUUCAUUAUUACCUCUUAUUUAAAUCAAACAUUAAGAUUAACUGGAGAGUAUAAAUAUUUUAUUCAAGAACAAGAACUAAGUGUUAAUAUAGUUCUUCUUACUGUCGCUAAGCAUGUAAGGAACUGGACAGUGUUUUAUUUCAUAUUGAGAAUUAAGUUUAAGAACCAGACAAUUCGUAUUAAGUGGAAAUUGGGAUGUUGAUAUAGUUGCAAUAUUAAUUAUCAGUAUUACACAUGUGCAUUCCAGAGACCAAUUACAAGAUGUACAUAUCUUUGCGACAACUUAUCUGAAAGAAAAAAGGCUAAUUGAUGCUGUUAAAAAUAAAAUUAAGAAAAGAAAUUUGGAUAUCGCAAGGCGAAUCACAAACUAUGGAUCGCUCAGUCAACGUGACAACAACUGAUCUCUUUCAACAACAAAGUAAAAGGAGUCUGUGUUCAAUCAGUCCAAAGUUUGCAUGAAACUAUGAUUUAUUCAUGGCCGUUAUACGAGCCAUUAUUGGGUCGACACUGCAUGCCAUUUCUGGCACUUAACACUAUUAAAAUGUUGUUACUAUUAUUCCGACUGGCAAACUUUGUAUCGCUAAUAGAGGCAUGAUAUAUUACUUAGAACUAAUAUACAUGUAUUUUAUAUUAGUUAGUUAGUUAAUACUAAUUAUUUACUGUUGUCCAGUAUCGCAAAUCCAGCUGCCAGCAUUAGGCUAAUAUUACGCGUAUUAUAAGCUUGAAAAUACGAAAAUUAAUAGCCAAACAAUUUGUAAAAGACAAAGCAUAUAACAAUGUAAAUAGUAUAUAGCUAAAGUUAUAGCAAUGUAGAAAGUUAUAGAAUAGAUAAGUUAUUAUAAUAGAUAAGUUAUAGAUAAAUAAGUUAUAGAAUAAAUAAAAAAAAGUAAAAAUUAUUAAUAUUUUGAAAAAGCAAUGUUAUGCACACAACAAAAUGGACAUUUACAAAUUGAAUCAUAAAGCAGAAUGAUUUAGUUAAAUAUUAAUACAAUUUUUAAUAGGUUCAAAUGACGAACAACAUUGAUAAAUGUAAAUAAAUAAAAAAGUGGGAAUAAAAUUGGCGCA